AUGGGUUCCGGCAAGAAGGAAGCCAGUCGCCGCGAGCGGCAAGGCAAAACCGGAGAUUGCAUGGCCAACGUCAAGGUAAAAGGCGAGAACUUUUACCGCAAUGCGAAAAAGAUCAAGACCUUGAAUAUGUUCAAGGACGGCAAAGCGCAGCGAAAUGCAGAGGGAAAAAUCACGAAAGCCGCCCCGUACCAGUCGAGGGAAGUUCCAAAAGCAAGAGUUGAGCCAAAUCGCAAAUGGUUUGGGAACACUAGAGUCAUCUCCCAAGGUGCUCUGGACUCGUUUCGACAGGCUGUCGCUGAAAGAGAACAAGACCCUUAUCAGGUCUUGAUGAAAACCAACAAGCUUCCCAUGAGUCUGAUCCGGGACGCGGAGAAUACAAAGAACGGCAUAAAGCAGCACAAGGCAAAAAUUGCUGUUGAACAGUCGCCUUUCGCCGAUACAUUUGGUCCCAAAUCACAACGGAAACGGGUGAAGUUGAGCGCCAGCUCUGUCACAGACCUCGCGGACGAGACCGUAAAAAUGGAAGAGAACUAUCUCGAGCGCCUCGAGGAGGCCAAAUACCUAAGCGGCCAGACUACAGACCAGACGCAGAACGAUACCGGUGAGCUUACAACUGCAAGAGAACCCAUCUUCUCCAAGGGACAGUCCAAGAGAAUCUGGAAUGAGUUGUAUAAGGUCAUUGAUUCCUCCGAUGUUGUCAUUCACGUUCUCGACGCACGCGAUCCCGAAGGCACACGUUGUCGCAGCGUCGAGAAGUAUAUCAAAGAGGAAGCACCCCACAAGCACUUGAUCUUUGUGCUGAACAAGUGCGAUCUGGUGCCCACCACCAUUGCAGCCCAAUGGGUGCGAUUACUAUCAAAAGAAUACCCAACCCUCGCUUUUCACGCCUCCUUAACAAACUCGUUCGGCAAAGGCUCGCUGAUCACGCUCCUCCGUCAAUUUUCUGUCUUGCACUCCAAUCGUAAGCAAAUUCAGGUUGGAUUCAUUGGCUACCCAAACACUGGUAAAUCAUCAAUUAUCAACACUCUUCGCAAGAAGCGAGUUUGCACCGUCGCGCCAAUUCCAGGCGAAACCAAAGUGUGGCAAUACAUCACCCUGAUGAAACGAAUCUACCUCAUCGACUGCCCUGGAGUCGUACCCCCAAGCCAUGGCGACAAUGAGCAGGACAUCCUCCUGCGAGGCGUCGUACGUGUGGAGAACGUCGAGCAUCCUGCGCAAUAUAUUGAAGCUGUUCUACGACGCACGCAAACGAAGCACAUCGAGCGGACAUAUGAAUUGAAACAUGCAGACUACAACGACGAUCCGAUUGAGUUCCUCAGCAUUCUGGCUCGGAAGGGCGGAAGAUUACUGAAAGGCGGGGAGCCCGAUGUGGAUGGAGUGGCCAAGAUGGUGAUCAACGAUUUCCUGCGCGGCAAGAUCCCCUGGUUUACUCCGCCGCCGAAGAGAGAAGGUGCGGUGGAAGCCACUCCUGCAGCGGAUGAAGCGGUCGUGAAAGGCCGCAAAGGCCAGCUUGGAGAGAUGCCCGGCGCCAGGCUGGCAGAAGACGCCGCGGACUCUGUGCCCGAGCCAUCGGACGUAGGCGAAGAGGGAAGCGAAGUUUCACACGCUGUAUCCGACUUUGAAACCUUUUCUGAUGACAGCGACGAGGCCUCUGCCGACGGAAGCAGCGACGAGGACGAGGCGGCAGCGGACGCUGAUCAAGGCGUGAAAGUCGGAUGA